GCUAGAAUCACCUGUUUGUCAAUUGAUUUGAACAUCAUUCGUAGGGUAUCUGCAGCAUCACCUGGUGAAUCCUGUAUAAAUGUCUUCUCCGCAUGACUUUGGUAUUUUGCAAAAUAUUCACAUUUUUUAAGUGGGACACUUUAAAACAACGAAAAGCGUUCUAAAUUGUACAUUUGACAAAUUGUAUAAACUUGCCAGAAUUUAAUAAGUUUUGGGUGUAAAAGAUCGUAGACUUUGUUAAUUUCACUACUUUGGUAUUAUGUACAGAAAUAACGAAUGAAGUUUUAUAGCACGGCUACUUUUGUUGUUCUUCACCUUCAUGUGCUCUGUUUUUGUUGGCUCUGGUUUCCCACGGCUGCUCAAUAUGGUGCAGUGAUUCUCCAGUACGAUAACGAAUGUUCUCGUAACCUCUCCAUCUUGGAGCAGGUGACGUCCCGAGCCCUGAGACAUCCAGAACUGAUGGUGGCCGCAAGAGAAACAAACAUUAAGAUGGACAUUCGUAUGCCUCUUUCGGAGUGCCGAAGCGGAUCUCUUUAUCCUUUCGUCGAGGCCUUGAAAGAGCAGAAAAUCCAAGCAGUUGUAGGGGCCGUAGCUGACCAUGUAUGUGAAGCUGCGGCUACACUGUCCAGUGUUCACGAGAAACUGUACGUCUCCUGGAGUUGCACAGCUUCUUCACUAUCAAACAAAAUACUUUAUCCUACCUUUGCUCGUACUAUACCCUCAGCCGUUGCUACUGCUCGGGCCGUGAUAUCCUUGGUAGCGGGACUUCGAUGGAAGAACUCCGCCUUACUAGCAGCUAAAGACGAGACUUGGCGUCGGCUGGCCGAGGAACUGGACUCAAUCAUUCGGGAUCGAGGAUUUGUCGUCCGGGCUUUCCUCCUUUUAGAUACUCGAGCAACGGUGGAAGAGAUAAAAUCAGCGUUGUCUGCCGUCAAACCUCCUGUAAAAGCAAUCAUCCUCAGCAUGGAUCUGACGAUGCCGUUGCUAAGCAACGUGCUAAAAGCUGCCGAAAAGCUUGGGUGGGCAGAUGGGCGUUUCGCAUUCUUUGUCUUACACGUGACGACUACAUUAUAUCCAAAGUUAUUACCGUCUUUAUCAAUAUUAUCUGUCAACAUCCUUAGAGCUGUUUUCGUCGUCACAGUCGUCGCUCCCAACGCCACCUAUGGGGAAGUUUGGAAAAAACCGGAAAACGUGGAUACUUUUCAGGAAUUAUUAAACACUACCUCAGUUGAAGAAGUUUACGACUUCUAUCGCCAGUUCUCUUCGGUGUCACUACUUCUCACUGCUUUACAAAGAGCCCAUCAAGAAGCUAAUGGGCUGAACAUUUCGUUGUACACCAGAAAUACAGUCUUCCCUACAUUACUGGGAUUAAGUGAAACGGACGAAGUGGGUGAUUUGCUGGUGAAAUUUGUGUUACUCGAUUUUUGGCCAAAUUAUCGAGUUUUUAGAGCGGUAGCAGACCUUAAUAUUGAUCACAGAGGUGAUCUUCACGUGACCGAUAGCCAAUGGAUUAAAGGUAUUGAUUGGCCUUUCAAUCGACCGUUAGUCGCAGACCCAGACUGCAUCAUCCAGGAUGUGGACUGCUCUAACUCUGGAGAUGAUGCUACCUUGACAACAGAAGAAACUAUUGGUGUCAUAAUCUCCUUACUAACCUGUGUUACAGUAGCUCUCGGAAUUACUGCUUUCAUCAGGAAAAAACUUUCUUUGAAAGAAAUGAGGAAGAAGAUUUUACUUACAGUCGACGACAUUGUGUUAACGCAACCCAGUAAGAAAACUUUUCGUGACAGAUCGGGCUUUGAUAAACCAGACAUCCUCAAAGCUUCCCAUGAUUCUGUGAGGCCUCACACUCACCUGACUCCCGGACAAAGUGGUCGAACAACCGGAAGUGAACAGAUUAACUGUGCACGGCUGAAUGGAGAUAUAGUGCACUUGAAACACUUUUAUGUCACUGCAACGUUCGAAGUGAGAAGAAAGGCAAUGAACCAGCUUCUUCAGAUUUACGAGUUGCGCCAUGAGAACAUUAACCCUUUCCUCGGGUGUCUUUCCGACCCUCAGCAGCCUGCCCUAGUAUGGGAGCAUUGUUCUCGAGGAAGUCUUGCUGAUGUCUUAGCCAGUGAGGAUAUCAAACUAGACUGGUCAUUCAAACUGUCAUUACUGACAGAUCUCGUCAGAGGUAUGAGAUAUCUCCACUCCUGUCCCGUGAAGCAUCACGGGAAUCUCACCUCACGAAAUUGUGUCAUUGAUAGCCGGUGGGUUUUGAAGAUAACUGACUACGGUCUUCCGAUGUUUUGUGAAGCUCAGAAUUUACCACCAUCUCCUCUUACAAUUAAAGAUAAACUGUGGGCUGCACCAGAACUGUUAAGAGACGAAACACUGCUGAGAAGGGGAACUCAGACUGGUGACGUGUACAGUUUCUCUAUAGUGAUGCAAGAGGUAGUCGUCAGAGGGCAGCCUUAUUGCAUGCUUCAAUUAUCAGCUGAAGAGCUGAUCGAGAAACUGAAGCGCCCCCCACCGCUCAUCAGGCCAUCAGUCUCCAAACAGGCAGCACCACCUGAGGCUAUCAACAUUAUGAAACAAUGUUGGGCAGAGUACCCCGACGUAAGGCCCGACUUUGGUCAAAUUAACGAGCAGUUCAAAAGACUAAAUCAGGGAAAGAAAAUCAACAUCGUCGAUACCAUGUUUCAGAUGCUAGAGAAAUAUUCCAACAACUUGGAAGACUUAAUCAAAGAACGAACAAUUCAAUUAGAUGAAGAGAAGAAAAAGACAGAUCAUCUAUUGAAUCGCAUGCUACCGAGUAUGGUUACCGAAAACCUAAAAGCAGGGCUACCUGUAGAACCGGAAAAGUUCGAGGAAGUCACUAUCUACUUCAGUGAUAUUGUCGGCUUCACCACCAUCUCUGCUUACAGUGAACCAAUGGAAAUAGUGGAUUUUUUGAACGAUCUGUACACGGCAUUUGAUAACACUAUUGACCAUUAUAAUGUAUACAAGGUGGAAACAAUUGGCGAUGCCUAUAUGGUAGUAGGAGGACUCCCAGAACGCAUACAGAACCAUGCAGAAGAGAUUGCCACCAUGGCUUUGGAUUUACUUUAUGUCUGUGGCAAGUUCAAAAUUAGACAUAUGCCCAACGUACCGUUAAUGCUACGUAUUGGAAUUCACACGGGACCAGUAGUAGCAGGUGUUGUGGGCCUAACCAUGCCUAGAUAUUGUUUGUUUGGUGACACUGUGAACACAGCUUCACGGAUGGAAUCUUCUGGUACAGCUUAUCGUGUGCAUAUCAGCAAGACUACAGAGAAGAAGCUCCGCCAUGCGGGAGGCUAUAUCAUCCAACAUAGAGGAGAAAUCAUAUUGAAGGGCAAAGGAAAACAACCCACGUACUGGUUGUGUGGAAAGACAGGAUUUGAUAAAGACUUACCACCGCCUCCAGAAGAUGAUGGCAGUGGGGAAAACCACGGAUUUAAAAGCGAAAAUAUUUUUAAGGCCAUGGGUAGGAAGAAAGUAGAUGUAUCUGAAACUGACAAUAUUCCAAACCAAGGAAGUGACACUUGUAACUCUUCAUGCACCGCAUCAGCAGAGAUUAACAUUGAUGAAUUAGCGUCGAAUCUCCUACUGUCAACUCCGCUUUUGACCGAUAUCGAGAACAAAGUAAACUCUCAGUGCGAUUCUAAACAUUUCCUUUCACCCACACUGGCCUCAACCUACAACCAUCAAACGAAUAAACGAAACGAAAAUUGGACGUUUCCAUUCGCUCCAAAACGACCAAAAGACAUUAAUAAACACAAGAGGAAAAUUAAAGAGAUCGAACUGAAUGUGCACCACUCGAAUUCUAAUAGCAGUAGUAGGUCCAGCAUUUCAAGCAUCAUGGGCAAUAAUUCUCAGUCUGAAAACAGUAGUCACGUUAUUGAUGUUAUGAAACAAAGCAGUGUCAAUCAGGAGCAAUAGCAUUCAGUUUGAAAGCACUUGUCACUUUGUUGAUAUUAUAUAACAAAACAAUGUUAAUCAUAUCAAUAUCACUCAGUUUUAAAACACUUUCUCAAUGUUAUGAAACAAGGCAGUGUCAAUUAUGGGCAAUAGUUCUCAGUUUUAAAAUGAUAGUCACUUUCUAGAUGUUAUCCAACAAAGCUGUAUCAGUUUCUUGACUAAAUGAAGAAGAUGGGGGCUUGAAGGAGGGAAAAGUAAAAAUGGUAUAUAUUUGGUUUGAAGAUAACAAAACCUAUGUAAGAAGUGAGUUUUUUGAACGGCACUGAAUUAGAUGCCUAACCUUAGGUUUUGUAUUAAGCAAAACAGCUUUCAAUUUUGUUAAAACCUAUUUUGUGUAAGCCGACUAUCUGCCUAGCCUUUUAACAUUCUUCACACAAUAUUUUUUAUCUGUAAAUUGAACAUUUUCGGAGACAUAUAUAUAUCCAUUGAAUAAACGGGUAUUUUACGUGUAAUGAUCUUCGAUUCAGUUUACAUGAACUAUUAUUCCAAGUGAUUGUCCCUUGGUGGGUCAGCAGUAAGUUUACUGACUUACAACGCAACAAUCCGAGGUCAGAUUCCCCGGGGUGGACAGAAUGCAGAUAGCCCAUUAUGUAGCUUGCACUAAGAAAAACAACAAAAUGCAAGUGAAAUAUACAUUAUCGCAGUCUGCAGAAAGUAAACAUUACUUAACAUACCCACACAGAGCAAAUACUGUCUGAUAUAAAACGCAAAGAAGAAACACUAACAUAAUCCAAACAGAACAAAUACUAACUUAAUCCACAUAUACAGCAAUCUACAAUGAGCUGACGCUAUCGUAACCCACACAAAGCAAACAGCAUUUAACAUAAUCUACACAGAGCAGACACCUGACAUGACCUAUACGUAGUAAACACUAGCAUGAUCUACACAGAACAAAAACUAGCUGAUACAACCCACACAGAAUAAACGCUAAGAAUACCCAUCCAGAACAAAACGCUAACACAAUCAACAUCUAAUAAAAUGCAAUGAAAAGAAACAUAAUUUAACAACAUAAGCACAGAGAAAUUUUUUCGGAACAAAAUCUACACAGUAUAACAAUUAUAUAACAAAACUGAGUCAGGCAAAUGCUGUCUGAUGAAACUUACACAAUACAAACAUUGUAUAGCAUUAGUUCAACAUAAAACCACCGAUAACGAAAUUUCAGCAUACAACCCACGCAAUAUGCUCUCACCGUCUAGCCAUUGUGUUACAUUCUCAAUAUAAAAACUAGUUAUAAUCUAUUUUCAGCAUGAAAAUCAUAGAGUUCAAGAUUUCAUAUUGAAAGUCAAAUUAUAAAUGAUGCUGCAACUGUGAGUUAUAUUCCAGACAGGCACGAUGAACGAUGGAAGACUGUUGUUGUUCAUUGAGUUCAAAGAUCGGAACAUGGAAGUAAUGUGACACAAGCAUAGACUUGAGGAGAAGUGCAUCUUGUGAUCAAUGACGUACAUAUUCUGAUAACACCAGUUUUUUUAAAUUGUUAAUAUAUAUAUGUAUGAUAAUAACAUGGCUUAAUACUCUGAAUCAAUUAAAUAAAAGUUACGAUAAUUAAAGUAUAUUCUUUGUAAUUUGACUUAUAAUACUAAUUUACUAUCAAAGAUUUGUUGUAGUCGAAAUACUGUAAUAAUUCGAUGUCAUUGGUAGCGUGACUGUGAAUUUUGGCAACUACUUGUAGAACAAAUUUGACGUUAUAAAACUAAAUGCCACUUUUUUCUCUACUCUGGCAUCACAAGUGUGUCCUCUAACAGCAUGAACCAUAGUUUACAAAAGUAAAAACUACAAACAUGAUAAUUUCAAUCAUUGAAUCGUGCAUUUUUCAGUAUAUUAUCCACUCUGUUUUAAAUGGUUUUUACAUAUAUAAAUCUAAAAGAAAAUAUUAUUUUUUCUAUAAACAGUAAUUGGUAUUUUGAUGUUGUAUUGUGAAAAUGAGUAUCAUAUUGUGAUGUUGUUACGAAAGUCUAAAUGGUGCACUUUUCUGUAGUGCAUCUGUGAUAUUUAUUUAUUAAACUUAUAUGAACUUCAAUAAAUGUAAUGUUUCCCGUAUAAAAAACUAAUAUUUAUUCGCAUCUAUAUAGUUUUAGACAAAUUUUAUUGUUCUUAUCAUCAUGAAUCAUACACAGUAAAAAUCUUCCGACAUGUACCAAAAUUAAUUCUCACAAUUUCGUGGCAAUCAAAACUACCACUAUAUAUAAUAUAGUGUUGUCUGUGUAUUGCAAUGUUUGGUGUAAUAUCAAUAUAGUACAGUACGCUUUUUCAAGGUUAACAUCUGAUCGUUUUCUUGUUCUGUGAAAUUCAUUGAAAUAAAUAUUCUACACAAUA